AUAUUACAUUACAGUGUCAAAUUUGAAAAAUCGAGGGCACUGGGAUUCCUGUAAAAUUGAAAUUCUGUAAUCCUAGUUUUUCUUUUUAUUUUUAUUUUUUAACUGAAACAACACUGUCUCCCGACAUAACUCUCGUCUUUCUGGCGCUGUCUCUCGACCCUGAAAAUUCGCCGGCAGCUGCACGAACAAGGUUCUCUCUGUGCUAUCAACAGAUUCUCUGUAACGAAUUUUAAACUUAGAGAAAGAAUUUCAUGGCAGGCAAUGGCCUGUCAUCCUUGGGCCGUGUAAAACUUGCUGAUCUAGCACCUUCAGAAGGCCUUCCUUCAGAUGCAUACAAGAUAUCAGUCUCUACAUUGUCACACUCACUUGCUCAGUAUUCAGCUGUCAUCAUUCAAUUCCCAGCAAGUGAUGGAGCUCUCUUAAGAUCUGGUUUAGAUUCUGCUCGUCUCUACUUCCAUCAAAGAGCUUCAUAUCCAGCAGCAGAUAUGAUUCACACGAAUGAUUCUCGUGAGUGGUGCAAGACUUCUGGUUACUUUGCUGAUCCUCAAUUAUGGCAGGAAAUUUAUGAUUACAGACCUGGCCUGACCCCUAUGGAACCCAGCAAUGGAAUGGAAUUUCAUCCAGCAGGUUUGCCUGACAUAUUUUCUCUGCUUGGAAAUGCAGCUAGGGUUAUACUGGAUGCCAUCAGCUUCUAUUUGAACCUGCGCAGUUCUCCAUUCACUGAAAUACUGGAUAAUGUUCCCCUGAGAAGCAGGGAGAUAUCAUCUUCUGCAUUGUCUGUAUGCUGUUAUGCAAGGCCAUCUUUUCAGGGAGCACAUCACCAUAAUUUAACAACACAAGAGGAUGGUCAGUUGGUUAUGUAUCCUGAGCAGGAGCACCAAGUUGAUAAGAGUUUGAUAUCUUUGGUUAAGUCAGACAAAGCCGGCUUACUUGUAAGAGAUCUGCAUGGGAGAUGGGUCCUUGUUGAUGAGCAUCUUGGUCCUCAAGAAGUUGUUGUUUAUCCUGGACUUGCACUCUAUCAAGCAACUGCAGGCUAUAUCAUUCCUGCACUGCACAGAACAGAGAUUAAUAACAUGCAGGAUAACAUGUAUGGACGGUGCUCUCUGGCUUUCAAACUUAUGCCAAAAUCUAUGACCAGUCUCAGCUGCUCAGAGAUGAGAGCAGCUGGUCAUGGGGUUGAAGCUCAGUUCCAGCUUCCAAUACCAGUGGAUGACUUCAUGCAGAGAUCGCACCCAACGGAGCAGCUACUCAACAGGAACACUUUCCAGAAUUAUAAUUUCCCAACACCCCAAGAUGGAUCUAUGAAACCUUUAAUGAGGAGGAAGAAGAAUAAUUCGAGAUGCAAACCUCUGCCACCUUCCAAGAGAUUACGUCUUGAGGCACAGAGACUGCUUAAGGAGAGGGUUCAGGAAAUUGCAGAUAAGAAGGGCAUCAAACUAAGGUUCUGUAAUCUGAAGGAGUGUGAGAAUCAUAUUCAUUCCUUAGAUAGCCCAUGUGCCACUAUAAGAAUGGAGAUUGGGUGGCCACAUGGAGUGCCGUUUGUUCAUCCACAUGAUCUACCUAAUAAGUCAAAGAUAGCUUUCCUUGAAGCAUAUGAACCUGGUUGGACAGCAUCCCAUGAUAUGGAGUCAAGUCUAAGUGAACAUGUACAGGCUGGUCAACAGUCAGCAAAUUGCAACUGUAAAUCUCUUGUUCAAGCUCUAUAAUUACCACACAUCUAGUUUUCUGGUUUUUCUGUUUUUGCACAUCAUCUACACACACCUCACCCUUAUAGCAUGAAUGAUUUACUGGCUUUCCACAUAUUUUGAAUGAGCUGCUUAACAUCAUGUUGAUUGAUUUUGAAAUCCCAAUGGUUAUUAUUUUGGUAGCAAUGUUGAGGGAAUCACUCCAAUAGAAUCCAAAUGUGCAAUCACCCUUGGUUAGGUUGUACGAGUUUGUUUUGCAGUCAGCUUUAGAACUUCCAGUUUUUGUUAUUGAGGCAGCACAUAACCGGAACCAAGCUGCCCUGCUGAAGUUGCACUUCACAGCUCAGUUUUCUUGCAGGCAAGAAUAACUAUGCGUGUUGUCUGUAAACUAGAUCAUCUGUAAAUAUUUGGUUUGAAGGAACAUUUAGUAGUCUUUCUUUGUUCAUCUAAAGUCAUCUGUUGAGAGUAUCGGACAUGGUAUGUUCUAUGAAGGAAUUAUAUGAAUAAUUCUAAUAAAUUUGAGUUUUUGGU